AUGGCGGCGACCCACAUGGUGCAGAGUGCGGAGGAGCUGGUGGAACUGCAGCUCGCGCUCCAGCAUCACUUGCGCCACCGCGCGCAGCAGAUGAAGCAGGGGCGCGGGCUGCAGGCGCUGCUACUGUCGGAUAUGGCGCUGCGGGGCAGCUCGCCCGAGCGCGCGCGCCAGUUGGCGGCGCCCUGGGAGACGGCCGUGCUCCAGCCCCAUGCAUGCAGACAGGCGCCCGCCGCCUGGGCCGCGGGGGGGGGGGGGGCGGGCACCAGGGGCUCCGCGGUGCCGCCGCUGAUGGGCUGGCGCGCGCCGCCGCCGGCGGCCGCGGCGCGGCUGCGGCUGCAGCCCGCGGCCAUGGCGCCAUCCGACGGCGUCCGCCUGCGGUCGCGCGCGGCCCUGCGCCGCCCGAUCGGCGGGAGCGGCGCCGCCAGCGCGGCUGCGCGAGGGGCCGACGCUGGCUUCCUUGAUCACGUUGGCGAGGUGCCCGACGAGUCUGUGCAGGCCGCGGCAAGUGGGAGUGGUCAACGCCCAGCAGUCGGUGCCGCACGCGCCCUCCCGUGGACGCCGCCGCCCCGGCCACGGACACCCGCAGCACCGCAGCAGCACUUGCGCUCCCUGCCGCUCUCCGCGCUGCUGCCGCGAGAGCUCCCCGCCGGGGCGCCCAAUGCGCCUGACCGGCCCUGUGGGCGUCGCAGCGCGCUCCGCGCUGCCGAUGCGCUUCCCCAUCAGAGCGAGGCCGCCCCAGACGCGGCGCCCGCCGCAGCAGCGGAUCCUUCUCCAGCGCGGUUGUCCGAGCUCGAGCGCCCCCAGUCACCUUCGAGCGGCCCUUACCACGGAAACCAGCGGGUGAAUGGGGGGCCGAGGGGGGAGGUCACCUGCGAGGAUCCCGACGGCGGCGAGGGGUCCAUCGUCAUCUCGCUGUCCAAUGUGGACGACGAUUCAGUGCAGGCAUUCGAGACCAACAAGGAGGUGAAACUUGUCAUGCCCGCAUCAGCGCGUCAGGCGCUCAGCAACAUCGCCAUGGAUUUCAGGGGGACGUUACUCGCGAGCCUGAGGGUGCGCAUCACGAGCAGUGGGCCCAUGAUCGCGGGCGCGGAACACCGCCGCCAUGUCACCUUGGAGGAUGCGGCAGGCGAUAAGAUCAGCGCCAUUUCGUGGUCAGGAUACGCCACGGACCAGCACUUGGGAGACGGCUACUUCUACGCCAGCAACCUCGAGAUCACGCGCAGAGCGCAGGCCCUGCGCGUCUUCGCGCCCAGCCCGCCGCUGGACGCCGCCGGGCUGCGGGGGGCUUUGGACCUCUUCGUCGAGCAGCUGGGGGUGCUGAAGGACCCAGGCAGCGCGUCGUUCGUGCAGGCGUACGGCCUGCUGGAGCGGCUGGCGCAGACGAACGCCUUCGCGCUGCUGUUCGACUGCGCCGACCCCGACGGGCUCCUGUGCGCGGUCGUGGCGGCCUGCGUGGAAGCCGCGCGGGUCAACGAGGCUGGCAGGCUCGACGGAUUGCUCGGGCAGGUGUUGGCCGGCGUGCUGGACGGCUCGGACGGCCUGCCGGCUGCGGCGUUGUCCUCCCUGCUGCUGGAGUUGUCCCCGCAGCGGUCAGGCUCGCUCGCCCGCGGACUGGUGUGCCGCACGCUACGCAGCCUCGAACUUCGGAGCGCUUCACUCUCGAUCAACGACCUCGUGAGCUCGAUGCUGUUGCAGGGCCGGACCAGCAGCGAGGAAGUGGGAUCCAUCGGCACGGCUCCGGAUGAGCUUGAGGCGGUCAUGGGCAUAGUGCACGAGCUCUUCGCGAUCAGCCCCACGCUUGUCACCAAAGCGCUGCCGAACCUGCGCGACGACCUCCGCAGUCCCGAGAGGCUGCGGCGACUUCUGGCCACGCGCUGCGUCGGCCGCAUGCUCUCGCAGUUCCACGUCUCAGGUGCAUCCGUGGUCGAGCGACCCCUGUGCGAGACCUACCCGCUUUUGUUGGACAGCCAUCUCGACCGCUUGGACGAUGCAGAUGAGGAGGUACGCCUUGCGGCGCUGGAGGGAGCUGGCGCCAUCAUCAGCGCAGCUUGUUCCUUGGGAGCCAGCGUCGUGUUCAAUGCUGAGGUCUCUCGCGGAGGUGGCGCCGCCGUCGCCAAGGCCGCAGAGUCGUACCGAGAGGCCGUUGUCGGCCACUACCUCGACCCGAGCGAUACGGUGCGUUUCCGCCUCAUCCAGAUUGCAAGGGAUAUCGCUUUGGCGUCGGAGGCUGGGUAUGAGUUUCUCGCGCCAGUGCUUCCCAACAUAUUCGGACGCAUACUGGACAAACGGGCAGACAUUCGUGAAGAGUCUGCGGACGCGGCUGCUCGCUUGUAUGGAAAGUAUGCUGUCCCUGCACUCACCACCUGCCAAUACAAGGUAGCAGAAAGGCUUGCGUGGGUCCCUCAGCUAAUCUGCGAAGCAUUCUCGGUGUUCGCUGGCGGCCGUCUUGGCCACACUGCGCGAUUGGAAGAACACAUCGAGCAGCACUUGCUGGGUAGCAGCGCUGGUCUUGAGGCCCCCAAGCGCGCGUUGACACUUGCCGGUUUCUACUGCUUCGCGUCCAGACACUCGACAUCACGCAAAGGCCUCAUGACUCUCCUGAGCCGCAAGCGGGAGGCCCACGCCGCGCUCCGGCAGUUCCUGCGCCUGCGCGCCGCGAAGGCGGCCCCGCUGCUGGAGUUCUCCGCCCCGGCCGGCGGCGGCGCGGAGGUCGCGCCCUCGGACGCCGAGGCCGUCGCGGCCCUCGACAACCUGGGGCGGCUCAGCCCGUGCCUGGAAGACAGGGCCGCUCGACCCGACACCCUUCUCGCGAAGCUGCGGCCCCGGGCGGCGGAGCGUCUGCCGCUCUGCGUGGCCGAGCCCGCUCGACACCGAGCUGUGGGAGCAGCGCUGCGCGAGUCCUUCGGCACCGAUGCGGGGGCGACUCUGUAA